AUGGUUAUAAAAGGCUUGGUGCAAACAAACAAGCAAGGCAAGCAAGCAAGCUUGAAGAAAGCCAAAUCUGUUCUAAUUGGAAUGAAAAAGCAGUUUGUAGUCGUUUACUUCGACGACAUCUUGAUUUACAGUGACAGCGAGGUAGCACACCUCUCCCAUCUUCGUGAGGUGUUAUCUGUUCUCCGGCGUGACAAGUUCUAUGCUGCUUCCUCAAAGUGCACAUUUCUUACUGAUUCUACCCAGUUCCUCGGUUAUGUGGUGUCUCGGGAGGGCCUGAAAGUGGACCCGAGUAAGGUACUGGCUGUCAAUCAAUGGCCCCGCCCCUCUUCGAUCACUGAAGUUCGCAGUUUUCAUGGCUUGGCUUCCUUCUAUCGGCGUUUUAUUCCUCACUUCAGUAGUGUUACGGCUCCUAUCACUGAUUGUAUGAAGGGGGUUAAGUUCUUCUGGACGGAUGAUGCCGAGGCUGCCUUUGUUGAGAUCAAGCACCGACUCACUUCAGCCCCUAUUUUGGUUCUUCCUGAUUUUUCCCAGCCAUUUGAACUACAUUGUGAUGCUUCGAAAUUGGGUAUUGGGGCUUACCUAUGA